AUGGAAGGAAGUUCGCCGGAGAAAAGAAACAUCAAAGACGGCCAGGUAUGCCACUUAACCAACAUCUACGUAGAAGGAUUUCAUGGGGGAACAAACAAGUCGGAGCUCUGGUCACUAUUCUCAGAUUAUGGUCAGGUAGCAAAUGUCUAUAUGGGGGGUAAAAGAGAUAGCAAGAAAAUGAACUUUGCCUUUGUAAGAUUCAAAGGUGUGAAAGACGAGAAAGAAAUGGAAAUCAAACUCCAAGGAACUAUGUUGAAGGAGAGACCUCUCGUUAUCAACCUAUCCCGGCAUCCAAGGAAGUCGCCAAUUCUGCAACAGACACGUCCAAAUCGCAAUAUCGUCAGAAGGGCUCCACCCCCACCGCAGUCGGGUACUAGGGACGGUAGAUCUUUCGCGCAAGUCGCCUCUGGAAGAGGUAAUAGUGUUCAAAUGAUGCCAAUAACUAUAAACUCAACAACAGUUAUGAAAGAUUGGUUAAAGAAGUCAGUGUUGAUUGGUGAAACUCAUAGCUUCGAUCAUACGGGGAACCUACCGGUAUCACUACUAAUGAACGAAGGCACUAAGUAUAUUGGAGGUCUCAGUAUAGCCCUUCACUUUGAUAGUUCUCCUGAAGCUUCAGAGUUUCUCAAUGAUAAUACUAGAUGGAGAGAUUGGUUUAAACAAUUUGUUAGAGCGGAUCAACAUGAAAUCCCUUACGAAAGGACUGCAUGGCUUAAAAUUUUAGGGCUUCCUCUGCAUUUGUGGGAUGAAGAGAACUUCAACGUCAUCGCCGGACGUUUUGGCAGAAUUGUAACUCUGUUCAAUAAACUGUUUACAAGACGAGACUAUUCAAUGGGAAAGGUUGGCGUUCUUAUGUCGGAACGGAAAUGGAUCAACACAGAAGUCAAUGUCGUGGCGGAUGGUAAGACCUACAAGAUUGGUGUAGUUGAAUUCAUAGAUGAUUGGUCUCCAUCAUUCAAGUUUUUCAAUUCUUGGCUCACGGUUGAUGGAAUUGACCAGAUUGUAAAUGGAAUCAAGUGGAAUUGGAGUUCUUGUCCAACAAAUGUGGGCUUAACUAUCAAGUUGGAGAAUUUGAAAAAUGCCAUCACGACUAUUCGGCUACUACCUGGUCCAGAUGAGAUUAAAUGCAAACUAUGCCCUGAUGGAAACUAUAUGGUGCACAUGCUAAGGCAAAAGAUUGAUCAAACGCUACCCAUCAACAAUCAACAGGUUAUGAUCAAAUGGAGUAAGCUUGUCCCCAUGAAGGUAACUUGCCUUGUGUGGAGAGCCAUGCAAGGACGGAUUCCUUCUGCGAUGACACUAUCUCACAGAGCCUAUCAAAUCUCCAUGGAAUUCAUAGACCGUCUUGCCUCCCUCUCUCUAGCUAACAUCAACCUCUCGUUACUAUUGUGUGCAAUAGGUGCUCAUAUCACCAUCUUCUACUUCCCUUAUGUAAUCCAUCAACUCUUUCUCCUCCAUGGAAGAAUGCUAUUAAACCAUGGUAGCGAAGAGAAGCCGAGGAUGGGGAUUACAGGAAACGCUAGCUGCAGGGUACGUUUUUCAGAGGUAGUGACAGCGGAGGUGGCUGAGUGA